CCCAGCGGGUCAGCUGUGGAGGGCGUAGGAGCGUUCUCCUUGCGGACGGACCGGCUCUGGCGCCCCGGCCAGCGGGACUUGGGGUGAGGCGUGCUCGCUGGUGAAUUCCGCUCCAGCUCUUCAGGUGUGGCCGUGAGGCGAUUCUUAGGAAUGUAAUUUCCAAAUCUUAUGGUUGCUCUGCUGUGCUCCAUCACCUCCUAAAGAUGCAUCCUGACUUAUCUCCACACUUGCACACUGAAGAAUGCAACGUCUUGAUUAACUUACUUAAGGAAUGUCACAAAAAUCACAGCAUUCUGAAAUUUUUUGGUCAUUGCAAUGAUCUUGAUCGGGAGAUGAGAAAAUGCUUGAAGAAGGAGUACAUGGAAAAGAGGACCAAGAGCAGGGAGCUUGGCAAUGCGAUGCGAAAGAGACUUUCAAAUCCUCCAGAGGAAUCUGAAACAUAAAUUAUAUUAUCACUGGAUGCCUUGGCUGAGAGAAGAUCUGAAGACUCUUGGUUGAUAAAACCAAAAGAAUUCUAUCUCAUUUGGUCUCCAGAAUCUUUUGAAUAGCAAGUGACCCAUGAGAAAUCGAGGCAUGGAGAAAUACAGAAACCCUGGAUUCAGAAUAUUUUUGGGGCAGAGCCUUUAGUACUCUGAUUCCUUUACCAACACACCUGACUUUUAAUAUGUUUCUUUCCUUUGCCUGCAGCCAUUUAACACUUGAGUAAUUUAUCACCCUCAAUAAAAUAAUUGAUUUUUAGCAUA